AUGUCAGCGCCGUACAAGCCAACGGCGACGGAAGCGUCGCCCUCUUCGGCGUCUUCGUAUCUGUCGUCGUCGUCUCCGCGUCCGUCUGCGUCUGCGUCUGCGUCGUCUCGGGCGCAUGUGGACGAUCCAAGUCAACCGCAGGACUUUGUCAGCGUCAUGUCGCACAAGACGCCGUCCAAGUUCACCGACCCUUGCGCACACGCUGCCAAGCUAUCGAUGAAGUGUCUGGACGACCAUGCGUACGAUCGCUCGAAAUGCGCCGACGUAUUCCACCAGUACCGGCAGUGCAAAACCGCGUGGAUCAACCAAAGAAGGCAAGACAGGCUCAACAAUCGACCCGGUGCAUUCGACUAA